GUAACCAUGACAACGUUGGAGAUCACUGUUGUGUCCGCUGAAGGUCUCAACCAACACACUUCUUACUUCAACCGCAUAAGACCCUUCUUCACUCUCACCAAGCUCCCCGCACACCUCCUCUACCACUACGACGGAGGAGGAACAGGGGACCACGUGUUCCGCGUCCCACUCGAUCCAACCUUCUUCUCCGACACAUAUUCCCGCCUGCAUCUCCACCUCUACAACGACCGUCGCUUUAUAGGGCCCACGCUCCUCGGAUGGUGUCUGAUUCCGCCCUCCGACAUUGCCUUCCCACCCUCUCACUCCCUUCGCUACCUCAGUUAUCGGUUACGGGCAAAAGACGGUUCCAAAACCCACCUCAUCCUCAACCUUUCCCUCCGCUUCCAGGGCUCCCUCUACCAAUCCCAUCCCGCCACCUGUCAGUCUGUCAUUGGAAUUCCCGUCACAGCGCAUCGCAAAUUUGGCAGCACCACCGCAACCGCAAGUGGACAACAUUCCAAUAUGGAAACUGACUUUUAAUUUUCUUUUUAGUUUUAAUUUUCCUUUUAAACAAUAAAAAUAAUGAAAAUUGUUGAACACACGUUACUUUGUAAUUUGGUUUUGGAGGUCAAUGUCAAUGUGCCGUAUAUGCCAUCCCGUGACGUACACAGGUGUCUAUCUCUUUAUUUCUAUUGCAGUUUAUCCACAUUUUUUUUUUCAUUUUAGUCUUUUCUACUUUGAUUUCUAGCAAUAUAAGUUUUUUAAGUAAUAUAUU